GCUGUGCCUUCGACCUCCCUAGCUCAGCCCCGCGGCCCCGCACGCGGUAAACUCAGCUGUUGUUGAUAAAUGACGAGUGAAUGAGAGGAAAGUGGCUCAAGUUCAUUUAUUCACUCGUCAGACGUGUACUGAGCUCCUUCGGUGUGCGCGCCAGAUCGCAGGACCCCUGAGCCUCAGCGGCCGGUCCCUCAGAUGCCAUCCAUUCAGAGUGCCACUGUGGCAUAUGGUAGUGGGUCAGCGAAAAGCCGAGGGUGGGCCCCGGAACGCUUGGGGAUGGUGCAGCCAGCACUAGAGAGAUGAGAAGGAGCCAAGAGCAGGUAGGGGAGGGAAAUGCUGGGGCAUCGUCGGGAGACGCAGGGUGGCACCAGACCAGGGAGUACCUGACUGGCUUCCAUAAGCGGAAGGUAGAGCGGAAGAAGGCAGCCAUUGAGGAGAUCAAGCAUCGGCUCAAGGAGGAGCAGAAGAAGCUCCGGGAGGAGCGCCAUCAGGAGUACCUGAAGAUGCUGGCAGAGAGAGAGGAGGCCCUGGAGGAGGCAGACGAGCUGGACAGGUUGGUGACAGCAAAGACUGAGUCAGUGCAGUACGACCAUCCUAACCACACAGUCACCGUUACCACCAUCAGUGACCUGGACCUCUCGGGGGCCCGGCUGCUUGGACUGCCCCCUCCCGAGCAAGCGGCUGGGCGCGGGUCCGAGGAAGAGGCGUCCUCCACGGAGAAGCCGACCAGAGCCUUGCCCAGGAAGUCCAGGGACCCCCUCCUGUCCCAGAGGGUCUCCGCUCUCACGGCUUCGCUGCACGCGCACAGCCGCAGAAGGCACAAGAGCAAAAGGAAGCCCCCCCGCCAGGCCCAGGACUCCACCAGGAAGCCUCCGAGCGCCACUCGGACGAGCAAGGCCCAGCGCCGCCGGCUGACGGGCAAAGCCCGGCACAGCGGAGAGUGAGUGCCGUGAACCGGGCCGCCUGGGCCGUCGCGCGCCGUCGCAUCUCCACCUGGCCGGCCCAGGAGCCCGCACCGGCGUGGUGACUCUGCGUCCCCGGGGCCGGGAGGCCCGGUUCUCUCUGGCCUCUGGGCUUGGACCCUAGGCAGGGGCAGGCGGCCGAGAGCUGGCUUCCCUCAGGAGGGCCCUUUGGAGCCGAGUCCGGGACAUCUUCCUGCUAAGCCCUCCUCGGUUUUGUGAGACCCGGGCCCCCGAGGUCAGCUUGGCCCUGAUCCCGGUGCCGCACGCCCAGGCCGGGCUUCUGAGGGCGAGGAACCUGUCAGGGGAGCGGGUCCCUCCUCACCGCCCGGCAGUUUCCCCUGUGGGCGUGGAAACGGAGCCUUAGGGCUGGGCGCCCGUGACCUGGGAUUCCAGCUUAGCCGGGGCUGGAACCCAGGCUCGUCCUGCUGCUCCGAGAAGCCGGCUGCCCCGGGCGGGUGUCCUUUCCUGGCUGAGACCUCGGUCUGGCCCUUCCCCUUGACCUCAUUGGUCUCCUCAGCUGAAAUCGAAGUGGUGGAAGCAGAUGAGUCCCGGAGCGCUCCCCACCCCCACUGUGGGCUUCCUCCCCAGGCCUUUAGUGGUUCCUGGGGAGGCAACGACAAAGGCGUCAUUAACCCUUUUUAAAGAAAACGUAUGUCUCCUCACCUGAAAGUGCCACCGCCGCCAUUCCAGGUCCCCUGGCCGGUGUUCUGCGGGCCUGCCAGGUGUUCACGCUCUUUACCUGCGGCCUCAGAACGCCAGCCUUGUCCCUUCCUUGUCCCGGCUUGGGGGUGGCCCGCCGGAGCGCCUGGCCUCUGGCCGAGCAGGUGGGAUCCUGCCUGCAGCAGGUAGAAGGACCGGGGAGGACAGUGCGGGAGCACCGCGACCCAUCACCGCCCUCUGCCGCUCCCUGGUUCCUGGGAUUGCGGGGCAGAGCGCGGGAAUCCGCCUGGGCCCUGGUUACGGGAGCUGUGCAGGGCGGAGUAAGAUGGGCCCUCAGCCCCGGCAAAGCUGGGGACCAGUGACAGAGGGACAAGGGAACGGGAGCGCAGCCGCAAGUCCCACCUGGCCCCGGGGCGGGGGAGGCUUUGGCCCUAGGGAGAGCUGAGGUCCCAAGCAGCCUCUCCUCGCGGUCACCCCACGGACUUCACCCCACGGAGGACUGCCGUUGGGCAGGAACAGGGGCGCUGUUAGGGGGUGGCUGGGGGUGACGCGCUCUCCUGUGUCCCCGUCAGCACCCGCUAUGUGGUGCGUGUCUGAAGGCCACGCCUGGAUGUGGGAACUGAAGCUCUGGGCUUAUGGCUGGGAGGCCCUGUGGCCUGGGGCUCCAGAUCCUUCCACCUCGGCUCCCUGCCCUUGGGGGAGGGGUGACCCGCUUUGCUGGGCCGCCUCCCUCCUGCGCAGAGGGUGGGCCCGUCGCAAGCUCUCCAGGUGGUUCUAGUGCUGCAGCGGGAGCCUGGCCCUCACAGGCCCCCCCCCC